AUGGAAGAGUCUGCCCUGCUCGAGGCGCCUGCGCUCGGCAGGGCAACUGCCGCCACCUCCUCACCCGUCUCCCACUCGGCCUUCAUCGACAUUGGAUGGGUGUUUGCUCUGGCGUGCAUAUGCGCGAUCGCCGCGUGCCUGCUCUCAGGCAGCACAAUUUUUCUUCAUCUCGCACACUACGCGUUUCCUUCUCUGCAAAAGUAUGUCGUCCGCAUUCUUCUCUUCGCCCCCGUGUAUGCCGUUUCGUCGUUGAUUAUUUUGAUUCUCCCUGGGCAGUUUGUGUACAUUGAGGCGCUGCGGGACGUGUGGGAGGCGGUGGUCGUUUACUCGUUUUUUUGUUUGAUUCUCGCGCGCUGCGGAGGCGAAGACGCCUGCGCAAGUGCCCUGAGCCGCGAUCCCGGCUCGAUUCGCCACCCGCAGCCCAUCCCCUUCCUCCUCCGCCUCUGGCGCCGGCUCCUGCGCCUCCGCUCGCCCGCGGACUUCGCGCCGGGACCCGCGCCCCCCGGGCGCCCGCGCAGAGACGGCGAGGGCGUGGGCUCAGGCGGCGCCGUGGUGGUCGUUCACUCGACGGCGCUGGAUAAGUCGAGCGGCUCGUCCCCAGGGCGGCCUGCCUCGCGCGCCUCGGUCGAACGCGACGGCGGCGACUCCGCGCAGGCGGCGGCGGCGCCCUCUGAGGAGCCCGAGGGGCGCGGCCGCGCGACAAGCUUCAGCGCACGCGAAGGCUCCCGGCGCGACUUGUACUCCGUCGGCGGCGGGCGGAGACAGGAGACACAACUCGUGCAGUGCCUUGGAGGCGACGACAGCGUCCUCAUGUGCAGCGAAGACCUGCCCACCAACCUCGCCUUCGUGAAGUGCUGCAAACGGUGGAUUCUCCAGUUCAUCUUUGUGAAGCCAGCCAUGGCGUUCGGCUCGCUGCUCGUGUUUGGCCUGGGGCAUUACCACUCGCUGGGCUACCAGAUCCCCAGCCUCAUCAUCUACAACGUCUCCGUCUGCGGGGCGCUCUACGCGCUGGGCCUGUUUUACCUCGCCACUCGCAAGCUCCCCGCCAUGCUGGAUUUUCACCCCGUCGCAAAGUUUUUUGCGAUGAAGCUGGUGAUCGUCGCGACCUGGUACCAGGCCUUCUUCCUGGGCAUCAUCGACGGCAUGACUGUCCGCGACGUCACCAAGUGGUCAAACUGGCUGCUCUGCGUGGAGAUGCCGUUGUUUGCUCUCCUGAAUGCCUACGCGUACCCCGUCGCGGAGUUCCUCGCCUCGGCGGGCGGGGACGACUUUCGCCCGUCUGCCUUCGAAGGCCGAUCGACGGCCGCCGGUUCCGCGAACGACGGCGCCGCCGGGACGGGCAAGGAGAGGCCGGUCGUCGUGCAAGGCGUCGCGCUCGGCGAUGUGCAGGCGGGCGCCACUGCGAAGUCUGGCGCGUCCGCGGCCGCGCCGGAUGCGCACAAAGCGGCGUUUCCGGCUUUCUCCUCUUCGUCUACGUUCAGCGAAGUCGGGGGCACAGUCGCCGCCCGGAUCGACGCUACGCUGCAUGUCGCGGCCUCCACCAUCGGUCGGCCCUUCCAAGGGUUGAGUUGCGUGGCGGACCCCGCGGCGCGCGAAGUGGCGCUGCGGAACGUGAAGGACGCGGUCAUCAUGUCGGAUGUCGUCACAGAUGCGUAUUACAACUUCCACACAAAGUACAAUCAGCACGCGCUUCUGAUCAACGAACCUCCGCCUGAGACGCAGAGUCCUCGCGAGAGUGUCAGGGAUGGCAGUCCGUUCACGUCGCCGCGCGGUCUGCAGGAGCCUGCGGACGCGACGGCGGGGCGUCCUUCGUCGCGUUUUUCUCUCAGCGUACCGCCUCGCGAGGAGAGCGGAUUUUCUGACGUUCCCUUGUCUUCCGCGUCGUCCUUUCCUGGGAUGUCGCUACACCUCGCUCCGGAGACCGCUGUUUCUCGUUUGUCCUCGGCGCCGGCCUCCUGCACUUCGCGAGAGGAAACUCUGCAGCGAGAGCGAGACGAGGAGUUCUUCGCGCUCUUCCCGCCUUUCGCGUCGAGUCGCGAAACGCCUCGAAAUCACGAAAGCGAACGCGGGCUGUCCGGCGGAGGCGGCCUCCCCAGUGUACCUACACUCCACCCCGCCCCUGGCGCCGCACGCCCAGAGACGGCGUGA